CAGGCGUAGAUCCCUGCCCGCGCCGCCCGGCCCCCGUCACUGAGUUCACCGGUCCUAGCGGAAGCGCCGCCAGCAUGUCUGAUAAACUACCCUACAAAGUCGCGGACAUUGGACUGGCUGCCUGGGGACGAAAGGCCCUGGACAUAGCUGAGAAUGAGAUGCCAGGCUUGAUGCGCAUGCGGGAGUUGUACUCGGCCUCCAAGCCACUGAAGGGUGCUCGCAUUGCUGGCUGCCUGCACAUGACUGUGGAGACUGCUGUCCUCAUUGAGACUCUCGUGGUCCUGGGUGCUGAGGUGCGGUGGUCCAGCUGCAACAUCUUCUCUACUCAGGACCAUGCAGCGGCUGCCAUUGCCAAGGCCGGCAUUCCAGUGUUUGCCUGGAAGGGCGAGACAGAUGAGGAGUACCUGUGGUGCAUUGAGCAGACGUUACACUUCAAGGAUGGACCCCUCAACAUGAUUCUGGACGAUGGCGGUGACCUCACUAACCUCAUCCACACCAAACACCCACAGCUGCUGUCAGGCAUCCGAGGUAUCUCUGAGGAGACCACGACUGGGGUCCAUAACCUCUACAAGAUGAUGGCCAAAGGGAUACUGAAAGUGCCUGCCAUCAAUGUCAAUGACUCUGUCACCAAGAGCAAGUUUGACAACCUCUAUGGCUGCCGGGAGUCCCUCAUAGAUGGCAUCAAACGGGCCACAGAUGUGAUGAUUGCGGGCAAGGUGGCGGUGGUAGCAGGCUAUGGUGAUGUGGGCAAGGGUUGUGCCCAGGCCCUGAGGGGUUUUGGGGCCCGAGUCAUCAUCACAGAGAUUGACCCCAUCAAUGCACUGCAAGCUGCCAUGGAGGGCUAUGAGGUGACCACCAUGGAUGAGGCAUGUAAGGAGGGCAACAUCUUUGUCACCACCACAGGCUGUGUUGAUAUCAUUCUUGGCCGGCACUUUGAACAGAUGAAGGAUGAUGCCAUUGUGUGUAACAUUGGACACUUCGAUGUGGAGAUUGAUGUAAAGUGGCUCAAUGAGAAUGCUGUGGAGAAGGUUAACAUCAAGCCCCAGGUGGACCGCUACAGGCUGAAGAAUGGGCACCGCAUCAUCCUGCUGGCUGAAGGCCGGCUGGUCAACCUGGGUUGUGCCAUGGGCCACCCCAGCUUCGUGAUGAGCAACUCCUUCACGAACCAGGUGAUGGCACAGAUUGAGCUGUGGACCCACCCAGAUAAAUACCCUGUUGGGGUUCACUUCCUGCCUAAGAAGCUGGAUGAGGCAGUGGCUGAAGCUCACCUGGGCAAGCUGAAUGUGAAGCUGACCAAGCUGACUGAGAAGCAGGCCCAGUACCUGGGCAUGUCCACUGAAGGCCCCUUCAAGCCUGACCACUACCGCUACUGAGAGCCGGGACCGCCCUUCACCUUCCAGCUGCCAUCCUUGUUCCAGGCCCUAUCUCUUUCCCAAGAGCAAAUGUCACCAACUUUGCAGUUGCUUCUCUGGUGUUUAUUUCCCAGUAGGGCUGGUCACUCUGUCUUUGGCCUCUCUUGUAUCCCUCAAACUGUUCCAGGUGUGGCAAGGGGACUGAGAGUCCCCAGUCAAGAUAGAGUACCUGGGAGCCAUCCACAGGGGGCGUGAGCUCAGAAGUCUUGGAAGUCCUGAGGCUGGAUGUAGCUAGUGGUGGUCACAAGCCUGUGCACCUUACCAUCCACCCUUCACUUGGUUUACAGAUCCACUGAGAGGGCGCACUAGCAAAGAGCAGGAGCCUUUAAACUCCAGUUGGAAGAGAGCUUGGCUUAUUUGCUGUUGGACCAUCUCUUAAACCUCAUAAUACUGAGGUUGGUACUUUUGGUCCCUAUUUCACAGGGUCAGAAUAGAUUAGGAGACAACCAAGUGACAGAGACUGAAAGGGACUGGAAAAACAAAUAGGUAAAGGUCUGUCACUAUUGUAUAAUUGAUGGUUCCUAUGACAAGCCUGGGUCACAAGGAGAUUAAUUUGGCUUAUAAUGUUUAUAUGCUAUUUAGAAUGUUAACAAAGGAAGGUGGAUUAAAUACAAUUUCUAGUGCCUAAAGAA